UGGUGAGAGACAAGAUCUCCAGACUACAGCCUCCUGUGACGCCAUGGCCUCCAGUCGUCCCCUCCUGCUUUUGGUCCUGUGCAGUCUGACUCUGGCUGAUGCCCACUUUAAGCUGUUUAACCUGCGGGCCAGCAAUCUUCCCUCCAACAUCCUGGGAGACACAGACGGCUAUGUCAAAGUGUUCUGUGGCUCUGCCUCUCUGGGUGAAACGUCUAUUCGCAACAACAACCCUAACCCCUGGUGGGAGGAGGAGUUCACCCAUUUUAAGGCCCAGCAGAAUGACGUGCUAAGGCUUGAGGUUCAUGACAGUGACUUCGGCUUCGAUGACUUGCUGGGAGUCUGCCAGCGUCAGAUCAAACUGGGAACACACAGCCACGACUGCUUCCUGACGAAAGGUGGCACCCUCCACUAUACCUACACACUCGGCUGAGACAUUCGGCAUGUGUAGAUGUAUUUGACCUUGAUGUAAUAGUCACAAUCAUCCUAAUUUAGAAAUAGGAUUAGAUCAGAACAAUAGUGACUCAUUAACUUGAUCAAUGAACCUUGUUCUGGUAGCUGUCACACUAUCAUUGGCUAUUUGACCCUGUUUCUUAGACUGCCAAUGAGAAAUAAAGUGUGCUGGAAGAACCAAAGUGUAUGUUUUCAGUCAUUCAGCAUAAUAAUGUGGUAGUGAAAGAUAUAAAUAAUAAUUUGACCUUUUCUUGUUGACAGGAGUUUACCACCCUCUAGGGCUGAUAAAGUUUACUUUAUAAAUUCCUGAUGAACAUCACAUCAAACCACUCAUGAGAGUAAGGUACAUGUAUGGGAGAGUUGAAACAAAGUAAAGGAUGUUGCUCUUUUUCCUCUCUUGUAAAAUAACAUGACAAACCUGUAACUGUGAAAAAACUGAAAAAUACCAUUUUCUUAAAGUUUUUUUCACAUAAAAAGAAAAUGUAUCCUUUCAUAAAUAUUUACUUUUUUAAUAGAUGUAAUUGUUAGAUUCAUGUUUAAUACAUGUUUUAAAAUAGAUACAAGUGACAAUUAAUAGUAAAAGAAGUAUUGUUUCUGUAAUUUCACAUAGAACUCAUUGUUAAUUGAUAUUUUGUAUAAUUAUGGAACAACAAUGUUGAGUAUGGGUUGUUAUGAGUGUAUAAUAUCUUUUAGCAUUGGUAAACUGUUCAAAUAGUUUUUAUUAUUGAAAAGAAGAAAAAGUUGUAGUAAUAGAAACUGUUAUUCUAAAUAGAUUUAUUGUUAUAUGAAAGGUAUUUGUGAUUUUAAUGAGGCUGAAAAAUAAAUAUAAAAUGCUUGUAAAAUUACAGGUUUAUAUGAUUAAAAAUACAAUAUUUUAAUGUCAUUUUACAGAUACUUGCUUUACUAAUAAAGUUAUUUACCACCUAAAAUUAGGAUUAAUACCGUACAUAAUUCGUAAAGAAAGGAAUGAUAAAAAGAUAUAUCUUCUGUUAUUUUACAUAACUUUACUAUCAGGUACAGGAAUAAGUCUCAGCUGCCAUUAAAAAAAAAAACUUUGCAAAUUUCACCUUGGUGCU